GUGGCUGAUUUUCCAGAAUAAGUGGCCCAGUGUAGACACAGCCCUGGUGUUGGAGGCUAAUCUUAAGUAAUGAGGAUUUUCCAGUUUUGCAAGUCCUUUCAGCCAUGAGCAGCCUAAAGUUUUCUGUUUUCAACAUCAAUGCAGUUCAUGCCCCAAAAUAUCUAAAUUUAGCUGCUUCCCAUGCAAUUGAAAGCCAACUGUUCACCCAAAGUGCCCAUUUUAUAGUUGUGUGUGUGUGUGUGUGUGUGUGUGUGUGUGUGUGUGUGUGUAUAAUCUUUUACCAGCAUUCCUACUUCACUAUGUGCCUGUUAAUAAGAUUAGUAAUUAAAAAGCUUGAUAGCAAUUGGAAAGCCUACACCCCUCUCAGUUGGGUUGGCUUUGAGUCUUAGGCAGGGCUUAAAGAGCACCUGAAGGAGUGAAGUCAAGAACCCUCUGCUGAAAUCUGUGCUUGAAAGUGCAAAUGGAAAAAUCCCGGCCAUUAUGGGACAAUCCCUUACAGUUUGUUUUUGCCUGCAUUUCCUAUGCAGUGGGGCUGGGAAAUGUUUGGAGAUUUCCAUAUUUAUGUCAGAUGUAUGGAGGAGGGGGAUUUUUAAUCCCAUAUAUCAUCAUGUUAAUUGUGGAAGGGAUGCCUUUGCUCUUCCUGGAGUUGGCAGUGGGACAGCAUAUGCGCCAAGGAAGCAUAGGCGCGUGGAAAAUCAUAAGUCCCUACCUCAGUGGGGUUGGCAUUGCCAGUGUGGUGGUAUCGUUUUUCCUCUCCAUGUACUAUAAUGUUAUAAAUGCCUGGGCAUUCUGGUACCUCUUCCAUUCAUUCCAGGAUCCCUUGCCAUGGGCGAGUUGUCCUCUGAACAGUAACCACACUGGGUAUGACGAAGAAUGUGAGAAGACCUCAUCCACUCAGUACUUCUGGUACAGGAAAACUCUGAACAUUUCACCAUCCAUUGAGGAGAAUGGGAACAUUCAGUGGGAGCAAGCGGUGUGCCUGAUCCUGGCUUGGCUGUUGGUCUAUCUGUGUAUUCUGAGAGGAACAGAGUCUACUGGCAAGGUUGUCUACGUUACAGCUUCUUUGCCAUACUUUGUCCUUAUCAUAUACUUAAUUAGAGGACUAACGCUACAUGGAGCUGUGAAUGGGCUCAUUUACAUGUUUAGACCAAAGAUUGAGCAAUUAGCAAAUCCAAAAACCUGGAUUAAUGCAGCUACCCAGAUCUUUUUCUCACUUGGUCUUGGUUUCGGAAGCCUGAUAGCAUUUGCCAGCUACAACGAGCCAAACAACAAUUGUGAGAGACAUGCCAUUAUCAUCUCUUUGAUAAACAGCAGCACAUCAAUAUUUGCCAGUAUUGUGACUUUCUCUAUUUAUGGCUUUAAGGCAACUUUCAACUAUGAAAACUGUAUAAGCAAAGCAAUACUGCUGUUGACAAACUAUUUUGACCUGGAAGAAGGAGCUUUGACUGCAGACAAUCUUGACAGUAUGAAAGAUUACCUAACAUCUACUUACCCAAACGAGUAUGCAGCAUUAUUGCCACAGAUUAAAAACUGCAGUUUGGAAGCUGAACUAGACACGGCUGUCCAAGGCACUGGACUGGCAUUUAUAGUGUAUUCGGAAGCAAUAAAAAACAUGGAAGUCUCUCAGCUGUAUUCAGUGCUGUACUUUAUUAUGCUGCUGAUGUUGGGCAUAGGCAGUAUGCUGGGAAACACUGCAGCUAUCCUCACUCCUUUGACAGACAGCAAAUUUAUUUCCACCCAUUUAUCAAAAGAGAUGAUCUCAGGUAUCGUGUGUUUCAUAAACUGCAUUGUUGGUCUGGUGUUCACCAUGGAGGCUGGAAACUAUUGGUUCGAUAUAUUCAAUGACUAUGCAGCUACUCUCUCUCUGCUGCUCAUUGUUCUGGUGGAGACGAUAGCUGUGUGUUACGUCUAUGGGCUAAAGAGAUUUGAAAAAGACCUUCACCUAAUGAUUGGACAUAAGCUAAACUGGUACUGGAAAAUUAUGUGGGCUUUUGCCAGCCCUGUGCUAAUUAUAAGCUUGUUUGUAUUUUACCUCACUGACUACAUCCGCACAGGAACUCUGCAGUACCAAGCAUGGGAUGCCACACAGGGUCAGCUGGUUACAAAAGAUUAUCCAAGUUAUGCUCUGGCAGUUAUUGGACUGCUUGUGGCUGCAUCCACAAUGUGUAUUCCACUAGGUGCAUUCAUAAUUUUUAUUAUGAAGAGACUGAAGAGAAAUGUAUCAACUCUUGAAUGAAUAUUCAUAACUGGAUUCAUGAAAACAUUACCAUCAGUUACAGUAAUUGUGUGCAUUUGGAGACCACAGCAACCAUUGCCUUUACCAACUACAGGUAAAGAACCUUGGGUGAUGUAUUUACCAUAAAGUGCUCUUGACAUUUCCACAGUGGUUCAAAAAGCUCUUCUGUAGGAGAUGAAGCUUUAAGAGGGUCUCUAACUGAAAGAACAGCAGUUCACAAAAAGCCUCUUAGCACAAGUUACUAAGUACUACUGUCUAAACUGCUGUUAGGCUGUAAUAUUUCACUUUUCAGUACUGCCUACUUAAAACAAAAAGCAUCAAUUACAUGAAAGCACAUUCUUUAUAUCUACAGUACUGGAAAUUACUCUUCAAAAUAGUAUACAUGUACAAGAAAGGUUUUCUUGAAGUUAUAUGUGUAGUUUGACUUCUCAAAUUUUACUAUUUGAAUGUGAGUCUGCUAUUUGAGAGAAAAAAAUUAUUAGGAGGCCAACAUUUCUUAAAAGAGCUGACACAAAAGCAAAACAGGUGAAGCCCAUGCAGAAGCUGUGUCAACUAUUGUGUCUCUAAUAGAAAUAAGUAUCAGGUUCCACUAUGUAACUAUGUACAAUAGUCUGGCACUCUGUUAACCGGAAAACUUUUGUUAACCAGCAUUGCCCCCAGCCACAAUACCGACAUGACUUCAGGUGCAAAUGCCUGACUCCCGCAUAGCUAGCUGGCCUUUGCGGGGCUUCUGAUAGCUGGCACUGCCAGAUGAUGUCAUCCACAGGUGCCUCCUUCCCCACUCAGCCUGCCUUGAGCUGCUGGGAACAGGAUCUGCUGGUAGGGGGUGGAGGCAGAAGAAUAAGCUUUGUUAUUUGACACAUUUAAUUAACUGGUAACCCCCAUUC